AACCAGUUUUUUACGUGGGAUUUUAUCUCGGUUAGUUGCAAUCACCACCUCUGGGUUUCCCAAAUUACAGAUUACACACUUUUUUCCUGUAAAAAGAAGAUGAAAAAUGAACUGCCGCGACUAAAAUUGUUGGUUCAUGUUCAAGAGAAAAUUUCGAACUUCGCCCACCAAAUUUCUUUUCCCGUAUCUCUACUCCACACAUUGCCCAGAUGAAAAGAUUGUAACUUCAUUGCAAUCUUGCAAAAACAUAUCUGAAAUUACCCCAAUCCAUGGCUUAAUGGUCAAGACUGGUCUUGAUCAAAUACCAUUUACACUUAGCAAGCUUCUUGCCUGUUCAAUACAAGAUAUAAACUAUGCAAGCUCCAUUUUCAAACAUAUACAAAAACCAAAUCUUUAUAUGUUUAAUACUAUCCUAAGAGCCUAUUCAAUCAGUGAGAAUCAAAAUCAGGUUUUUGUUCUUUUCAAUUACUUGAGGGCUCAAAGAAUUGUGCUUGAUGAAUUUACUUUCGUCCCAGUUCUCAAAUCUUGUUGCAAAAAGUUUGCCACUUGGACUGGUCUUGGUGUUCAUUCAAUUGUGUUGAAAUCUGGGUUUCAGCUGUUCUUGAAUGUAAAGAAUACGCUUUUGCAUUUUUACUGUGUCUGUCAGAGAAUGGGGGAGGCCCGCAAACUGUUUGAUGAAAUUUCAGGAGGGAGAGACUUGAUAUCGUGGAACAUUUUGAUGGGAGGCUAUCUUUGUGCGUCUCAGAAUAAUGUGGUUUUAGACUUGUUUAGGCAGUUAUGUACCACUGGUCAAAUUGUCGGCAAGACCACAAUCUCGAGUGUUAUCUCGGCUGCUGGGGAACUGAAUUGCGUUUUGACAGGCGGGUGCUUACAUGGAUAUUGCAUAAAGUUUGGUUUUUGCUUGGAUUUAAAUGUGGUCAGUGCAUUGAUUUCCAUGUAUGGUAAAAUGGGCUGCAUUGAUUCAGGGAGCAGGGUGUUUGCUGAAGUUUCUGCAAGAGAUGUUGUGGUGUGGAAUUGUCUCAUAGAUGGAUAUGCUAAAGGUGGCCUGCUAGAUGAAGCAUUAGGUUUACUGGGUUUGAUGAAGCUGGAAGAAGUAAAACCCAAUUCAUCGACCCUGGCAGGGUUGCUUUCAGCUUGUGCUUCAUCUGGGACUCUGGCAUUGGGUCAACGUAUACAUGACCAUGUAGAAGUGCAGGAGAUAGUUUUGGAUGCAAUACUUGGAACAGCUUUGGUGGAUAUGUACGCUAAAUGUGGAUUGCUUUCGAUGGCAAGUAAUGUUUUUGAUAUGAUAGAGAAGAAAGAUGUGAAGUGCUGGACAGCCAUGAUACUGGGUUAUGGAGUCAAUGGGGAGCCAAAAAAUGCCAUUACCCUUUUCCAUAGAAUGGAGCAGGAGGAUUUCAAGCCUAACGAAGUCACUUUCUUGGCAGUGCUCAAUGCAUGUAGCCAUGGAGGAUUAGUGACCGACGGAAUAAGUUGUUUCAGAAAAAUGGUGCAGCAUUAUGGCUUGACACCUAGAAUUGAGCAUUAUGGUUGUAUAAUUGACUUAUUAGGUAGAGCUGGUCUGCUUGAGGAUGCACACGAACUGAUCAAGAGCUUGCCCAUCGAGGGGGAUGCCACAGCAUGGCGAGCAUUACUCGCAGCAUGCAGGGUCCAUGGAAAUGUUGAAUUGGGUGAGUUGGUUAAGGGGAAAUUGGAAACACUUUAUGAUGGACACCCUGCUGAUUCGCUUGUACUCACUAGCACUUACGCUAUAGCUGGGAGGAUACCUGAUAGCAAAGACAUGCUGGAGAACAAAGGGAACCCAUGUAGUCAAACUGUAAAGAAGGAAGCUGGAAGCAGCAUAAUUCAGUUGUCUAACAAGGAGUGGGAACUGGAGGUGUGAAUUUUGGAGCUAAACAGAAUACUGACCAUGCAUAUGCCACGUGAGGUAUACCUUCAUUGAUAGAUUUCAAAAUCUUUGGCAAAAUCAGAUAAAACCUGAAUUAAGCUUGAGCAAAAUUUUGUUGGAUCAAGGCUGUUUCAUGUCUAACCUGCCAUAUUGCACAUACACUGUUGCUCCCCCUACUCUUUCUUGCUGCAAAUUAGGAACCUCCAGUUACUCUAUUAUCUGUAGUCAUGACAAUGAUGCACUUUUGAGAUAA